AUUAUGCUGUGGGGAUGCCACUCUUUAGCUGGAGCAGUGACGAUGGUCAGAGGGCAAAUACAGGGUAAUCCUUAUAGAGAACUUGCGGCUUCCAGCAGGAAUACAAACCCAAACAUACAACCAGAACCAUGAAGGAAUGCUUUGGAUCAAAACAUAUUAAUGUGUUAGAAUGGUCAAGGUAUACAUGAGCAAAGCUGUUAGAAAUAUAUCCCUCCCCCCCAAAAAAGCUAAAAUUGUAGAGAAAGGUGGCUAAACGAUUGACAAAAGGAAACGAACUAUCAUUUUCCUUCCACUUAAUGAUGCACUACUUUUUUGUUUGUCUAUCUCAUGAAAUUCCUCUAAAACAUAUUGAAUUUGUGGUGGUAACAUGACUAAAUAAAAUAAAAAAAAUAGCUAAAUAAACACUUUUGCAAGCGCCCCAAAAUGUUCCAUCUAGAGAGUGGAGAGGAUUGUACCAAGACCUCCAACAGGCUGAUGUGCCGCUUCAUCUUCCUUCAGCUAAAUCAUCGAGUUUCCACAGACCCCCUGGAGCUGAUGAUGCAACCAAACAGGUUCCUCAUGACACUGUGCUCCACUUGCAUCUGCUGUGGUUGCCUAGCGAUGGGCUCUUUCUGAAAAAUUGAAAUCCCAUCUUCGCAGCAUCAGUGCUCCUCUAUGUCUCUUCUCACUCUUUCUCUCCUCUCGUUAUCUCAAACGGCCAGACAAUUAUAAUACAUCCCCUGAAGGAAAUAACAAGGAGCUGCAUGUGACAAAAGUGAAGUGUGUGGAGGGAGAACGGAGAGUAGAUUUGAACCAACUCCAGACUGAAAAUGGAGUCAGUGCAAAUCAGACUCUGUUUGAUUGGAUGCUGAACUGAAUGUUAGAUCAGGAACAACAGCUGACUGAGAAGAUCCAGCCGUCAGUCAGGCGAGAGCUGGAGGACAGAUUCCGUACGUGGAUAACAACCUCCGUCAAGGUCAAAGUAUGCCCCUAACAGCGAUGCAGGGAUGCAAACGGAAGUCAACAUAAAACUGAGCGUCGGAAAGGGAGGACUGAUCAGCAUAAGCGUUAAUGUCGCGGGCCGAAUAACCAACCGGGCUGUCCGUCAGGAAGAAGUUUGGAACCACCAAAACUCCAGAACAUGCCGAGGAAAGAGGAAGAUGUUUUUGUUCAUACAUUGUUUCCUCGUGAAGAUUGGAGAGCCGUCCAAAAUGUCUACCUGUGGCAUUGCAUUUCAUCCGUCAGGUCUGUAUGGCAGGGACAGGCAGGAGUGGGUUCAGACAGAAACAGUCUGUCUGAAAACACACUAGAGAUAAGCUGACUAGAAAAGGUACUUUUUUUUCUCAAAUUACUGUUUAUCUUUUUAUUCUGAGCUCUACAUAUUGCCUGGAGAAAACAAACUUCUCGACACCUGGCUCAUCCCAUCCCUACUUUGAAGCAGGCUGGUGGUGGAAGCAUCAUGCUGUGGAGACGUCUUUCAGGGACUGACCAACCAGUUCAAAUAUAAGGCCGCCAGCGCCCAGUCGCUGUUGUCUCAACUGCCUACUGGACGAGAACCAUGGAGACGGAGAGCUGUUUGCCUUUCUCCGCCCAGAGCGGCGGGAGGACACCGGCCAACUCUCCGGGACUCGAGCGCGGCGGCGGAGGCAGUGGUUCCGGCUCCGGCUCCUUUCUCCCCUGCGACGAGCUGCAGAAACCCUCCCAUCAUCCUGCUGCCCAUCCCGCUGUGGCGUCGCUUCCUCACCGUCUCGGCCUGCGUGGGGACCUGUACGCAGCCGCCUCCAUGGGCAGGUUUGGAGAUGCUGCGGACUUUACGCACGGCCGCGUCUCCUCUGCGGCCGCGUCUCCUCCCAAACAUGGCAAGUUUCUGGACAGUUUAAAUCCGGAGCACAAAGCGCUGAUAAGCGACAAAGCGGCGUUUUAUGAAAGCAGCUCAGACGUCAGAGAGAAAGGCGCUCUAAAAGCCAUGGUCUACCCUGGGAUCGGCCCAGACUGCUGCGGCAAGCUGAAGGAGCAGAGCGGCGGCCUGCAGGGCGACUCCAUCGCCGACUCCAUAGACUUAUCAGGGAAAAGCAAGAAGCGGCGCAACCGGACCACCUUCAGCACCUUCCAGCUGGAGGAGCUGGAGAAAGUGUUUCAGAAGACGCACUACCCCGAUGUGUACGCCCGGGAGCAGCUGGCGCUGAGGACGGAGCUCACCGAGGCCCGGGUUCAGGUGUGGUUCCAAAACCGUCGAGCCAAAUGGAGGAAACGGGAACGCUACGGGAAGAUGCAGGAUGUCCGCAACCACUUUGCAGCGUCUUACGAUAUUUCUCUUCUCCCUCGUCACGAUGCGUAUCAGAUGCAGGGCAACCUGUGGCCAGGCACCGCUUCAGCUACGGGGGGCAGUUCAGGUGCCGCCUGUGUCCUAGGAGCCGACUCCAUCCCAUCGUCCUGCAUGAGUCCAUAUCCUCACCCCCACAGCAACUUGCAGGGCUUCAUGAGCAUGCCUGCCUCCCCCAGCCACCCACACCACCACCACCACCCGCCUCACCACCAUGCCAUCAACGGCCUCUACUCCCUCCACAGCUUCCCGGGAGGCCUCGGCCCGCCUGCCAUCGAGGGGCCAGAGGGCGACUACAAACCAACGGGUUUGGUGGCGCUGCGAAUGAAAGCCAAAGAGCCGGGCAGCAUCAUCUCCUGGCCCACAUGACCACCAGUGGUCCCCUUAACACACUGACUGACCCAAAGCACACACAGCCACAGAAACACACACCGCCCGCAUGUUUCACUCAUGCCGUUUUCACAGAACACCGUUGGAAAAGUGAUGGAAAUUCGGAAACGCAGAUGCCUGUUUUGUCACCAGUUUCAGUUUCUUGUUACAGUAAUGGGAUAAAAGAAGAAGAAGAAGUUAUUUAAGCAUGUAAAAAAACCUGUAAGUAUCAUAUUAAUCAGUGAUGAUCAGAAAUAAAGUCCUCCAUUUACA